UAAUAAAUUCCCCCAAAUCAUCCUAGAAAUUCUAGAACUCCCUUGUAGGCUCGGUAAUCAUCAUUCCUCAGCAAAACUUUGUCCACGUUCUUGCUGACCCUUGGGAGCCUGUUGUCCUGGACAAUCAUUUCUAUUUAUUAUUGGGAAGUCCAUUAGUAUUUCUACUGAUUUUCAGCCUUUUUUUUUUUUCUUGAAUAUCAAAUCUGGGUUUUUGUCAGCAAUUUCUUAAAAUUCACAGCUUCAGUGAACUUCUCGGUUGCCACAUCAAGAACCCAUCUUGCAAUGUUGGUGGUCCGCAAUUUUCUGUAAGUUUUCUUAAUUUAUAAGGGCUUUCGAAUUAAUGGGUCGCCAAUAUUAGAUCUGCAGUCGCGAUUGUUACUGAAGUUUUGACAUGGGUUUUGUGACGUAUACUGUCAAGAUUCAAGAUUUUUGCUAUUAGUAGUAAUGCUUGGAUGCUUUCUUUUGAGGACAUAAAGAUUUGAUUUUUAAUGAAAGUGUCACUUUUGAGCUAGAUUAUACUAAUUCGGACCAGAGAAGGAAAAACAAAGAAAAAGUUGAAUACUUGGGAUUUCAGGGGUUUGGAUUCUAGAUGGGGAAGCCACUGAUUUAUGAGAUUAUGGAAAAGCCAGCAACAAGUUGUAUGAUAGGAAUAUUUAGUGCAAUUUGGUUUUACAUACAGAAAAAAGGGAUUGGUUAUUCACAUGUAGGAUUGAGUUAUGAGACUGCAGUUGAAGGUCAUUGGUGGAGGAUAAUCACGUCAGCAUUUUCGCAUAUUAGUGUUCUUCAUCUUGUUUUUAACAUGAGUGCACUGUGGAGCCUUGGAGUCGUAGAACAGUUAGGACAUAUAGGUCUUGGAGUGAAAUAUUAUCUGCAUUACAGUCUAGUGUUAGUUGUUUUAUCGGGUUUGCUGGUUCUUGGGAUGUAUCAUUUUCUGAUUCUGAGGUUCAAGAUAGAGUAUUUUCGGAGAGUGACUGCUGUUGGGUAUUCUUGUGUGGUCUUCGGGUGGAUGACUAUUUUGGCAGUAAAGCAGCCGUCUUCCAAAUUGGAUCUUUUUGGGUUUCUUUCGCUUCCUAUCAGCUUUGCGCCUUUUGAGUCCCUGAUCUUUACCUCUAUAAUUGUUCCACAAGCGAGUUUUCUGGGGCAUUUGUCUGGGAUUAUUGUUGGUUAUGCUAUAGGUUGGGGUCUGAUCCAUGGAAUGAACAAUUACUGGGCUUUUUCUAUGUUGUUAUGGAUCGUGAUAAUAUUUGUACUCAGUUUGAAGAAAUCUGGUGCGUUUGAUAUUAACUUUCUGGAGAUUGAGCCGGUCACUGAUCCUUCACUUCCAUCUGUGAGGUUUCUUGCCUCAGGAAAUGGUAGAACCUUGCACAUGAGUACGUUGCCCAUAGCUGGUGCUGAAAUGGUGUAGCCAUUGAGCAAGAUAAAGUCUUAUUUUUGUUCUUGUCAGACGAUGGACGACUGGCUUGAAUGGCACAAUUUAUUGUCCAUGUAAUUAGUGAUGCUUCAGGACUUUUUUUGGUGAUCCUAUAUGUUUUCCACAAGAGCCAUUAUUGUUCUACUGAUCUUGUUUUUUGGACUUAAGCAGCUCUGGAUUAUAUUCCUGAGCCAUUAUUUCUCACUUAAAUGUAUUCGAUGUUGCUAAUCACUUAUUGCCACAGUUUCCAGAUGUAUAAAGAAUAGUUUCUCUGGCGAUGCCUUAAAAGCUGGGCAGAUGUAUUAUCCUUCUGGUUCCUUGUUUCUGUUUGAUAACCACCAGCGAAUUUGCUGUGCCUCAUUUGUACCUUCUCUGGCAUACAUGUUUUCUUUCCUUUUGGUUC